GCAGCUGUCGCACAGCUGGGCUGAACCAGCUGCUUCAGGGCGGGAUUUUGCGGGGUCUGGGUGGUGUCUUGGGCUCUGGCUUGGGCACAGGCUCUGCCUCUGCUUCUGCCUCUGGCUCCAGCUCAAACCCGGGUUCAGGCUCCGCGUCCUGCUGCACCUCCUCAUGGCUCCACGGUCCCUCACCCACGUUAUGCUGUUGCUGGGCGGUGCUGUUGCCGUGCUGGGCUCAGUGCUCUUCUUUGUAUGGAAGGCCUACGUCAGUGAAGGUAGCGGGCGGCGACGGAGGCCCUGGUGGGAAGCGGAGCUGAGCCCCUACGUGGGGGAGUUGGAUCCGGAUGAGCGACAGGUCCUGGUGCUGGGCCUCGAUGGAGCUGGGAAAAGCACCAUCCUCCACUGCCUCUCCGGCCAUGGAGCCAAAGAGCGCAUGGCUCCCACCUGGGGUUUCAACUCUGUUCGGCUCCCCACGGAGAGCUUCCAGAUGGAUUUGCUAGAGGUUGGUGGGAGCCAGAACCUUCGCUUUUACUGGAAGGAGUUCCUGAGUCAGGCAGAUGUGCUGGUGUUUGUGGUAGACUCUGCUGACCGGCUACGGCUGCCCUGUGCUCGGCAAGAGCUGCACAUGCUGCUGGCAGAAGAUCCGGACCUGCCUGUGGUUGUAGUAGCCAAUAAACAAGACAAGAGUGAGGCCUUGAGUGUGGCUCAGCUGCAGCAAGAACUGGACCUGCAAGCCUUUGGCCAGCGUGAGUUCUUUUUGCUGCCAGCCAGCAUUCCCCCAGCUGGGCCAGGCUCCUCACCUCCAAGCAUUCACCAUGUCUGGACACUGCUAUUGGACCUUCUCUCCCAAGCUUGACUGGAAAUAUACCUCCUGGGGUAAGGGCUCCCCACUCACCUUCCCACCCAGCCCACAACCUUCAGGUUGGAGAGGUGCUUUUCUGAGGAUCACUGAAAGCCCUGGAUUUGGAGUCAAGACCUAGGUUCCAAUCUAGACCUUCAGGGAAGUCACUUCACCUCACCUGUGUCCUCAUCUGUAAGAUGAGGGGUUGGUCCAAAGUGGUUCUUUUUAGGUAUAAAAUCCUGAACCUUGAUCCUAAAAUCAUAAUCCUGGUGCUCAAAUGAAAAGAAUUUAGGAGCUCAAUAGAUACUGUUGGCUUCCUUCUUUUCCUUAGGCUCCUGGGUAAAUCAGGCUCCCUGGAAAGAAAUCCAUGGAGGGAUACUUUCCUUCUCUGCCUACUGUAUCUGGGAUGACUAGGGCAGUGGUCACCUUUCAGGGAGCCCCAGAGUGAGCAGCCCUUUUAAGCUCUGCUCUCAGCAGAGCCCUUGGCUCUCAGGCCACAAAGUGGCCCUUUGGAUAACCUGCCUACAGUGCCAAACCAUCUCAUACAGGAAGUGGCUUAUAAAUGAUACUAUGGUAUAAGAGAACACUGGAUUUGGAGUCAGAAAACCUGGACUCGAAUUUAACUGUUACUUAUGAUCCAUCUGACUGCAAGCAAAUUGCUUCUUUCCUUGGCAAAAGAACCCCUGUCUCACAGGGUCAUGGUGAGGCUUAACAGAACUUGGUGCUACUGACCUCACGGGGUUGUUGUGGGCAAAGUGUUCUGUGAAUUGUAAAGCACCAUGGAAAUAUGAACUGUUAUUUUUUUAUUAUUAAGGAAGCAUGGCAUAGCAGAUAGUCAGGAAAACCAGGGUUCAAGCCUCACUUCCGACUGAGUCUGGCUAUGUGGCCUCAGUUAGGCUGCUUUGCAUUUCUUGGAUUACAAAUUACAGAACAGGUGUUGGUACAGGAAGUUUCCUGACUCGAAAUUCCUUACACUACUGAAAUCAUAGGUCAGGGCUAAUUCCCCAAUUAUUUAUUGGUGUUAUGUUAUUCACUGUUUGAUUUGCUUCAUGGGUUAGCAUGAAGGUGGAUGAAGAAAGCUUAUUUUCAGGGUCUGACUAGUGGUUAGAUGGGGAGUAUAUAGUUUUCAUGUAGGUAUUGCAAAGGGACAGAGCUGGGCCUAGAACUGAACCGAAGAUAAAGUGGGAUUGCCUUUGAGAAACUACAGCACUUUUAAUGAUCCCAAGCUGCUAGCUGCAGUAAAAGCCCCCUCCCCCUUUUUUUUUUGGGGGGGGUCCAUUGGAGCAUUUUAUUUGUAUGUAUGUUUUACACCCUUAGAAGAAGAAUCCCAGGAUUUUUCCUUCUGUGUUUUCAUCUUGCUUCCUCGUGGUCCAUGAUGCCAGCUGAGGUUGCAAGCACAAUGAACCCAAACUGACGGGAUGGGUAGCAGAUUAUUCUGCCACUUUUCCAGAUCUUUCAAUUGAACAUCAAAUCUGGGGCUCAUUACACCACACUUGUUUAAUCUGCCCAUGAAGUUCACAACGAAUUCUCCUGCUCUGUGAUAAUCAAUGAUCUCAAUCAACAGUUAAGAACUGGGUUACUUAAGAGCACGGCCUAAUGAGAACCUGGCAUUUUCCUCGCUUUUCUGCAUUGCUGGUAUUUUUCAGAGCAUCUGCCAAUCCAUUCAUGCAUACCAUGGUGGCAGUGUUACAAGAUGGCAGAAAGAGGACAGGAUGGGUGAGUGUGGAGAGAUAUGGGAAGUGCAAAAGCCCUUCUUCUUAAGGCCAGCAUUUCAUCCAGUGAUGCUAUAAGGCUGGGAAUCAUGAAAUGCCACAUUGUCUGAAGAAUCAAAAGUACCAGUGACCCAAAGGACAGUGAGGAGAUUGAACAGUGAAAAGGACAAAAAGUGAAGUGGUGAGUACAAAAAAGUACAUAUUACCAGUGAUGAAUUUGAAGAAUGGUGUGGAGUCUACUAUGGAGGACAAGUAUGACUAGAAGUAGGCUGGUUAUGGUGCAAGAACAUGGCAUCCAGAACAUAUUAAAAGAAUUCAAAAAGGCCCUCAGCGCAUUGGGGAGAGCAUCUACAGACAAUGAUGGACAGCAUGUGAGAUGGCUGCAACUCGACAGGUUUGAAAUCUGGACCAGUGGAAGAAGUGCUCAUGCCAGUUUCAUUUCCAGGAUCUGACUCUACCAAGGGUACAGUGAUUGCCAAGUUCCUUUCCCUAGGCUCCUGGAGGCAAUGACAUUAACAGUUCACAUCUAGUUACUUCUAGGCAUCUAUCCUUCCCUGGGCUCUGGCCCUGGCCUAUUGUGAUCGACACGUUUCCAAGUCUCCUCCUAGGGCUGUAGUAGUCUAAAAGUGUUCUUAUUUCAGUGACAUUGAUAUUGAGGAUAUGUUCUCCAAGCAGGUUCUGGGGAAAAAAAUGCCAACUUCUGUACUUACUUGCUUCUUGACCUGAAGUCAGGGGAGAAGAUUAACUUUUGUGGACUAACAGGCACUUUGCUGAGGUCUCCCUGUCACUGUACUAUGACCCUGGCCAGACCCGCCAUCUCUCCAGCUCCCUUCCUCAGGGCUGUGACACUCCAAAACAAGCACAAACUGUUAGUAAGAUGAUGGAAAAAGCUGUUGGGUAGUACAUUGAGUCAGAGUUGUGCUACUUUGUGUGACCUUAGACAAGUUACUUCCUCUUCUUGAGGCCUGUUUCAUCAACUUUUAAAGGGCAGGGCUGAUGAUCUCAGAUUCUGCCCAACUUUAAAAUCUUGUCUUGCAUAUUAUUACAGACUGUCAAGAGUGAAGCUAUCCAUGUACUGUGCAUUAACUCUUCUCCUGCAUCUAUCCACAUAGGCUCACAGGGGCAGAAAACUGCUUAGUGAAAUCAUCCCAUUAGGUCAGCAGGACUGCGCUUGAGCUUCAGUCCAAGAUAGCAACCUCCCCAUUUAAAAUUUCUACAGGAAGCAGGCUCAAAUUCCAGACUCAAAUCAUGUUUCCUGGUGCUGUUAUUUAUAUAUUGAAGGGUGGUCGACAUGGCCAGGAAGGACAAAAUGACUAAAACUGUGGAUGUCAUUAAUGUAAUGGCCUGCCCAAGAGGGCAUGGAGAUCAUUCCACUGGGCUUUUAGACCUUGGAAGGCUGUGAAAUACUGUAAUGGUGUCAACUGUUAACGGACUUGUAGUGAAUUUAAAAUCUCUACUAGCUAUCUGCCACUGUCAGGCUGGCACUCUCAGGGAAUGCAAACAAAUUCUAUAGUUAAUUCUACUAAACAUCAUCAAGUGUUCUAAAGCCAAAUUACAGUGUGAAUUUUAAUUUAUUCAUGCUAAUGUUCCCUUUGAAGCAGUUAAUAACCAUACUGGAAGUAUGGUUAAGGUAUGAAAAUAAUACUUGUAUGGGAGUAAAGAGGCUUGAAUUCUUGUCUGGGCUUUACCACUAACUGUACCUGUGACCUCUUUGGGACCCAUCUGCAAAAUGGGUUAGACUAGAUGAUCUCUAGGUCCUUUCUAGCUCUGAAAUGCUAGAGUUCUAACGUCUCUUUAUGAUCACACACAUACGCAUACACACACACCCCACUCAUAUGUGUUGACAUAGAUGAUAGAUAUAAAGCUAGUUCUGUAUGUAGGUAAUGGGGGAAAAAAUUUGGUAUGAGUCACAUCAGGUAAAAAGUUUGAUUUAGUUCUCUCCAUCAGGAAAAACAUCCAACUCCCUUGCUUUUUAGAUUUAGAAAAAAGAAAUUUAGGGAGGUAAAUUUUUAUUAAGUAAAUCUAAAAGUAACAAAAAUAAACUUCAAUUCCACAAUGUAGCUAAAUUAGAGGAGCAAGAUACAUAAAAGUGAGGCAAGAAUGAGUGAAAGAAGGCUUAGUAAGUUUGGAAGUUUGUGUCCUAGAAGAAUACUUAUUCAUCAUACCCCUCAGUCUAUUUUUGUUGUAAACAAAAAUUAUCACUGCCACUUGAAAUUCUAAUUAGCUGUCUAGCCAUUUAGAAAAGUCUUAUUUCCCAUGGAAUCUUAAAAGGUCAUUUUAUGCGGCAAGUAUCUAUUUAAGAUUUUAGAAAUGCCCUUUGCAAUUUUAAGAGUUUGUCUAGGUCCUUUAGCCAUCAGAAUAAUUUCCUGCCUUUCCUUUAGCCUAUGUACCAUAGCUUCCUUAUUCUAUAAUAAAUAUAUUUGGAAUCAAUAUUGCUGUUAGACUUUGUGAAUACUUUUCUCAUCACCCAAAAAAUCAGAGUCAGGGUCAUUUGAGAAUUUUUUUAAAAGCUUCACUGGAAAUAUUCUUCAGGAAUGAUGCUGCAUGGAAGAGCUAGAGGCUCCUGGGAAUUGUUACCUGGGCUUGCCAAUCACAGCAUUAUCACUUCUUUUUAAGGUGUCGCUCUCCUCCCUUGAUUCAUAGCUAAUCAUUGUGCUUCACAAUGGAGAUUGUUAAAUUCCUCAUCUCAGCUGGUACCCAACAGGACAAAAUAAGAACAUAAAGAUUCUUUGCUAAGGACUCUUAGCUGCCUUUUAGUUCUGGUGCUUCUUUCUCAGCUACUUCUGAGAAAUAAUUUUUCUCACUCAAAUCUGACCCUUUGGAACUUGGCUCCCAAACUAUUCUGCUGUAAAGACAACCCUGGCAACCCAGCUCCUUUUACUACCUGAAUUCCAUGCUGCUAGCUCCUACCCUAUAGCUUCUGCCUUGGAGGAUCCAGCCUAGAUAUGCAUGCCCCCUUCUCUGAUCCCAAAUUUACCUUGCUGUUAGACAGCAGCUACAUCAAGAACUUAUGUGUACAGAGCCCCUGUCUUGACUGACUUUAACUAGAUUAAAAACCUCUUGAGAGAUAUAGGAUUUAAUGUGACAAAGGAUCUAGAGAUCAUGCAAUCUAAUGUCAUCACUUUAAACUAGGAAUCCAAGGCCCAAGGAAAUGAAGGAAUGUGCCCAAUAUCACACAAAUAGGGAACAGGAAAAGCAGGAUUUGAACACAGGCCCAGUGACUGCAGAUCUACUGUUUUUCCACCAUAACAGUUUAGGAAGGUUAAAUGCCUACUGAUGGUCUAAACAAUUUAUCAAUUGCUCCCCAUGACUAGGAUCUUUCAUAUUUGGUUCUAGAACUCAGCUCAUUCAGCAUAUUGCUCUGAAUACUUUUUUCUUCAAAUGAUAUUUGUAUAACCAGCAUUCAGGAUAUAACCAUACUCUUAGUAGAGAUGCCAGAGAUUAACUUCUUUGGCCCUGUUUCCUAAUCUAAAAGUGAGGAGGCUAAAACUAGAGAAUCUCUAAGGCUCCUACCUUCUCAGAUUAUAAAACUGAAGAUAAUAAACAUGAGAAAGCAUAUUUAUUGGAAUAAAAAAAUGUAAAAAUUUUCACAUAAAGUAGUUUUAACAUGGCACUUAAUGGUAACUUUUUUCACAGUACGUGUAUGUUUUUCUUCUAAAGAGACUUCAAUUUUAAGAGUCUGGCAUCAGUGUGGGAAACUGAAUUGACUUUUUAUGAUUGCUUAAGCUAAAUAAAGCCUUGAAAAUAAUGUACAUUUUUGUAUUUCCAAGGAGAACUCUUCACACUCAGCCCCCAUGUAAGUCUAGAAAACUAGUUCUUUGUCAGAAGAAACAGUACAGAUAUGUCUGAAGCUUCUUCUGGCCAGGACUUUGAUUCACUCACUCCAACAAGCCAGCAGUGAUACAAAGAUCUCAAUGCCCAGAAACACUAGACAGACAUAACUGUCUGGCUUCUACCACAACAAUGGCUUUCAAAACACCAGUGUUAUCUUGGUAUCCCAACCCACUAGAGGUCUAGGAAGACUGGAAAAUGGUAUAAUAAACAAUGCUUCAACACACAGGCGCACUGCUUUGGAUAUGGUAGGCACUGAAAAAUGUUUUAAUUAAUGUCAUUAACUCAACACCUUAAUACAACAGUUAGGCUACACUGGAGCUGGGUUCGAAAAACAAAGGUAUGAAUCUUUUUACUUGUGUGACCUUGGAAGUCUUGUCACCUCUUUGGGCCAGUUCUCAUCUAUAAAAUGGUGAUAAUUCCAUCUGUAGCACUGAUCCCCAAGGGUUGUUGUGAGGAUACUAGGAGGUAAUGUAGGAAAGAAAAGUGCUUUGUAAACUUUCAAUGUUGUCAGCUAGUAUUAUAGUAAUCCCUUCUCUGUUAGGGUCAACAGCAUUUCCUCUCAGAUUUCUACGGAUUGGAAUCACAUGUUUUAUUUUAACUUGGUGAUCAAGCAUAAGUAUGAGGGAAGAAACCUCAAACCUUCCCUUCUUAGGAGCUAUCUGGAUAGAAGCCCAUUAAGAAAAAGAAUGGCCAACAUGCAAUUCUGAAAGGUAAAGUGUCAGUCUUCUACCUAAGAGCUUAUGUUUACAGUUUUUCUAAGGAAGUACAUAAAGUGGAUUAUUGAUGGCUAAAAGAUGACUGUGAAACUAAAUGUCAGAAGUACAAAAUAAAAGAAAUGUUAUUAAGAAAAAAACCUUCAGUUUAUUUAACACAAUUUUGGUUUGGAAGAGACACUAUGGUAUUAUGGGAAAAGCAAUGCAACUUGGAAACAAAAACCUUGGGGAGAGUUUCAGCGCCACUUCUUAUCAGGUACAUAGUCUUGGGUAAAUCCUUUAACUUCUUUUACUUUCAAUGUUAACAAAUCUGUCCUCAGAGUUGGAAAACCUAGGUUCAAAUUCUAGCUCUGGCACUUCCUACUGUCAGACCUUCUGGGCCUCAGUUCCUCAUCUGUAAAAUGGAGAGACUGGAGUAGAUUACUUUUAAGAUUCCUUCCCUCUCAGUUUGUUUGAAGACAAUUUUGGUGGGUUGGGUUA